AUCGUAUAAAUUCAUAACACCAAGUUUUUUAUUUUCUUAAACAACCCAUUUGUUGGAUUCUUAAGUAAAUGGAAAUUUAUAUACAUCUAAGUUUGUUUCUCAAAGCGGAUGGACAUUUAUUCCGUGGUUGGAUGUUGUCCGUGAAGGAAGGUAGCCAUCUUGGUUAUGAACAAAGCUUAAGCUGUAUAAAAUUUACUAAAAUAUUAUAAGUUUAUAUUCGCAUUGUGUUAUAUAUCUCUACAUUUGGACUAUGCACGAAUUAUUGUACCACAUGUUUACAUAGCCAUGGCUGCUACAAGAAAGUUGCAAGGUGAAAUAGACCGAUGUCUUAAGAAAGUGACAGAGGGGGUGGAGACAUUUGAAGACAUCUGGCAGAAGGUUCACAAUGCAACAAACAGCAAUCAGAAAGAGAAAUAUGAGGCCGAUCUCAAGAAGGAGAUCAAGAAACUGCAGCGGUUACGUGAUCAAAUCAAGAGCUGGAUUGCAUCGGGGGAAAUCAAGGAUAAAAGUACAUUACUUGAAUUCCGCAAGCUGAUAGAGACGCAAAUGGAGAGGUUCAAGGUUGUGGAACGGGAAACAAAGACCAAAGCAUACUCCAAAGAGGGCCUGGGUGCUGCACAGAAGCUGGACCCUGCACAGAAGGAACGAGAUGAAACUGCAGGAUGGCUUGCAACUUCCAUUGAUGCCCUCAACCUCCAGCUGGACCAGUUUGAGUGUGAGAUUGAGUCUCUGCUAGUGGGGAAGAAGAAGAGGUUAGAUAAAGACAAGCAGGACCGGGUGGAAGAACUGAAAGGCAAAGUUGAGAAACAUCGGCAUCACAUUCGUAAACUGGAGACUCUCCUAAGAAUGUUGGACAAUAUGUCUGUGGAAGUUAGUCAGAUAAGGAGGAUUAAGGAUGAUAUAGAAUACUAUAUAGAAUCUUCACAAGAGCCAGACUUUGAGGAGAAUGAAUAUAUUUAUGACGACAUUAUCGGGUUGGACGAGAUAGAAUUGUCAGGAGUUGGUCUCCCCUCAUCUGCAACAACAGAUAGCAACAACAGUAACGACACAGGAGGUACCCCAACGUCCACCACAUCGGGUAACUCGCCUGCCCCAUCUCCUCCCCUCAAUGCCCUGCACAACCAUUCCAGUGACAGCUCCAACGAAGACAAGAAAAAAACAAAGGAUGACCUUCCAACAAAGCCUGUGAAACCAACAGCUGUUAGAGUGAGCAACAACAAUUCCUUGAUUAGCUCCAGUAACUGCUCACAAGUUGCACUGAAACCAGUGCUUAACUCAAGUACACCCAGUAAACCUGUAUCAGGUUCAUUGUCUCAGUCUACACCUAACAACAGUUCACCCAGUUCGGGGCUAAAUAAUCAUGUAGUUGGCAAUUUCGCAGCAGUUGCAGCAGCCAACUCACAGCCAAAUUCUACUUCCAGUAAAAAUACAUCACACAGUUCAGAGAAUGGAAGUCUGCCAUCUAAUACAGCGCCAUCGCAGCAGCAACAGCAACAGCAACAGCAACAACUGCCAUCAUUAUUACAACUUACAACAUCUCCACCACAUAUAACAUCUACGGGUUCAGCAGCCCCUGCCCCUACAUCUGGAUCUUCACACCAUCAGCAGUCUUCAUCAGCAUCUGUAUCAGUGGGAGGGACGACAUCAAUCCAUCACCAUCAUCAGCCUUCAUCAGGAAUAACACAAGGACAGACACAGUCCACAACACACCACCAGCAACCUACAUCUAGAGAUAUGUCAGCGUCACAGGGUGGAAACAUUACAGCAGGCAGCCAGCUGGUCUCUGCAUUAUCUCAACAAUCUGUCAAGCAGCAACAGAGUCUGGUCAACUCAAUGGACCAUCUUCAGCAUAACAACUCAUCAUCGCCACCUUCAUCUGUAAGCAGUGCACCAUCACCUCUCCCCACAGCGGGCACAACAACGCCAUCACCUGCCCAGCAGCCCACACAUCAGGGUUCCAUUUUACCUACCUUAAAUGGACCCAUCACUUCUAAGGUUCCUGAGGGUAUGUCGUCUCUGAAAGUCAUAGCACAACAAGUUAUUGAUCGUGCUGGUUUGGAGUUACCUCCAUCAGAACCACCCCGAGGAUUGUUCGACAGCAAAUUGCAACAGCAUCAGCAGUGUGUGACAUCAGAAGCACACAUCCCUCCAUUACUGGGUGUUGCACCAUUAGGUCCAGUACCACUCCAGAAGGAACACCAGUGUCAGUUCCAGAUGAUGGAGGCGGCUUAUUACCACAUGCCACACCCAUCUGACUCUGAAAGAUUGCGGACUUACCUUCCACGCAAUCCCGUCCCUACGCCACUUUAUUAUCAUCAGGUUCCACUGCCACAUUCGGAUACAGUGGAGUUUUUCCAGCGAUUGUCGACGGAGACUCUCUUCUUCAUCUUUUACUAUAUGGAGGGGACCAAGGCACAGUACCUGGCAGCCAAGGCCCUUAAAAAGCAGAGCUGGAGGUUCCACACUAAGUUUAUGAUGUGGUUCCAGCGCCAUGAGGAACCCAAGAUCAUCAACGAGGAGUUUGAACAGGGCACAUACAUUUACUUUGACUAUGAAAAGUGGGGCCAAAGGAAAAAGGAAGGUUUUACGUUCGAAUACAAGUACUUAGAAGAUCGAGACCUGAACUGAACUGAUAAUAAACAUCUGCCAGAGUGGGAUUUUCCGUUUUUCCCCCUUGACGGAGAUGUCCACAAGUGAUAUUGUAUAGAUCUUUUUUUUUUUGUCCUCUCACUUCUGGCUUGACAGGAUUUAUAUAUCCCACCAUAAAUUUCCAGGGGGAAGAGAGAAAAAUACAUUGCUUUUGGUACAGGUUAUCAUUUUAAGAAGUUUUUUGUUCAUUGACUUUAGUGAGUAUCCAGCUGGAACACGGUUUCCUGAUGGUGCUAGGAUGAUCUCUCAAGUUGCUUUUGUGGUGGUGUGAGAGGGGAUACCAAGUGAGUCAGCAAGGCAGUGAGUUACUAGUGUACAAAGCAAAGAAUAAUGAUGUUUCUUAGAAAGAAUCAGUAGUCAGUGGUGCAGUCCUUUAGAGACAUCCAUCGUUUCCCCAUCGCUCGUCACAGUUCUCAGAGUAGAGGGCUUGCACAACCUUCUGUAAAGAAGAUUCUUACUAAGAAGUCAGUGCGACAACUGUUGUAGUUUGUGAUUUAUUUUCCUAAGAUCUAGUGGUGAUGCAACUUAAAGGAUUAAAACAGUAUCACAUUUUCAAGGUGUAAAAAUACCAGUACAAAUAUUGGCUAGGAUGAAGGAGAAGACAACAGGACAGAUAUUUGAUUGGUGUGCCCACCUUGCUUCUCCACUCACCUGGCCUCUGUGUUCUGCACCGAGCAUUCUGCUGCCAUUCGUUCACGUGCAAAGUACUUGUUAUGUUAGUUUUCACUUUUGUAAAAAGUACAUGAAAAUGGUAUAAAAUAAAUAAUGAUCUGUACAGAGCUAUUUGUGUAGAAUAAUGAAUAAUAAUAAUAAUUAUAAAAGAAAACAUAUGGGUUACAUUUAUUAUUUUGCACGUUGACUAAAACUGCUUUAUGCUCUGUGGAAUGCAGAGGCAGUGGUGUAGGGUCAGUGGGUGCUAAGUUGUGGUGUAUUUUGAAAUAGUAGCUGAAUGUUCAGGGAAUUUCAUAACUAAUGCAUACAGAACAUUGUUAAAAAAAAAGAACAGAAAAGAAUGAAAAAAAAUAGGUCUCUACAUUCAUCAGAACAUUAAACAUUAGUCAGACGUUUCUUUGUAAUAAUGACCUGGGACCCAGCCUUUUAAGAUCAUCAAACUUUCAGAGAAGUAAAUUUAAAAUAUUUUAUUUGUUAAGCAAUCCAUAUGAAAUUACUAUGUGAAAGGACAGCCAUUUAACAAAUAUUCUUCCAGCAGUGAAGUAGGUAUUAGUGAAUAAUGUCUGUAGAAAUGGCUGUUCCUGUAUUUGACACCUAUAAUUUUUUUCUGUUUUGUCAGAAAUGUUGAAUUUGGGUUCCACUGAAUGGAUUUUUGUUACUUUUUCCUUGGUGCCAACCUACCUAAUCCUGAAGUUUGAAACAGGCAAGAGUAUUGUAGAUUGUAUUCCACAGAGUUGAGUGAUUGAUGCAUUUACACAUUGUGUUCCCCAUGUUUAUUUUACUGUAGCAUACUUCAGUCCCAAUUCCUUUAGGUUUUUAUACCAGUAUUACGGUACUGGAAACUAAUGGCAUUUACAUAUAGUACAUAUUACUAUGAAGCACUUGUUAUGGAAACAUGCUUCCCUUCCCUGGUGGGAGCAGAAGGUUAAGAUUGGUCAAAACAAGUUACGAACCAAUCUGAUGAAGAGGCAAUGUGCAAUUUGCUCAAUAAUGGUUUCAGUAAUCCCUUCCUCACCUCCAUGGCUGUGCUUGAUUGUCAGGGGUUCUGAAGCUAAGGAUCCAAGUUGAAAAUUGGUGCACUUGGAAGAUGAAAUAUCUUCUAUAUAUAUGACAUGAAACAAUAAACAUCACCUUUGUGUAAGUUUCAGAAGUCUGUUUAAGCCAGGAUUUGUGGUGAGUUCAGUCACUGUUCACCGAGCUGUCUUUGCUCGAGACCAUGUUUUGCAUUGAGAAUUUAUAAUUUUAGAAAUGGAUAUUUCAGUCAACAGAAGUUCCAGAUCAUAUAACUAUUUCAUUUUAUUAUAGUAUGUUUCACUAAUAUUCAUGUUUGUAUAUUACAAAACAGGUGCUGUUUAUGCUCGGAUGGGAUGGCAUGAAACAUGUCUUAAGAUGAAGAGAAUACAAUAAAAUUCUGGAAAGUUUUAAUUAAGUGAAGCUCAUAUAGUGAUCAGUGAACCCAGUGAGUUUAAAAUAUUAGUUUUAUUUAACUUUCUUUUCAUGUAUUAUGUUUUAUACAGAAUAUUUGUAUAAUAUUUCUCUAGACAAGGGAUCACAGAUUUGUUGUUAUUGCUACUUCAUUUUGAGAAAUGUUUAUAUAUUAGUGUUACAGUUCUGAGUAUAAUGUAGCUACAGUUUUUUGCUGUAAAGAAAAAUACAAUGAGAUCAUCCCUUCCUUGUUUUAGUUACAAAGUAAAAUGAUUCCAUAAGAAACUGAGAUACUGUGAUAGAGUUAACUGUAAUAUAUAUAUAUAGUAGUAUCAUAUUUCAUGCAAACCCAUGUGGGCUAUAAAGAAGCAGUUUUAUUUUAUGUGAAGAAUAUAUUCCUCCUGCAACUAACCUGAAAGAAAAAUCCAUGCUUUUUAAAGCUUAUGAUAGAUUGUCUUAUAAUUGAAGUACUAUGAAACAUGGUAUGUGGACAUACUGAAGAUUUGCUUUGGAGUGUAAGUACAGUAUCAAGCCUUAAACUGCUCACAAUUCCAGCUCAGGAAUAAGUCUGAGGUAAUUUCCACAACAGAGAAUUUUCAGAAUAUUUGAAUUAGCUGAGUUUUCCGGUAAUAGUGUACCAGCUGUUUGCAAGAAUAAAUUGGAAAUUGUUUUUAUGGAGUUAAAUUGAAGUUUUGUUAAAUGUUUAUAAGCCACUUAUUUGAACCACACUAAAAGUCUGGUAUUAGAUGAAUUGUUUUCUGUGUUGCAUACUGAGUUUAAUUCUGUUUUCCCAUAAUUUCUUUGUAGCUUAACUUCUGUAGUACUUCAGCUGAACAGGAAUGGAGAGAUGAUGUAACAUGUAAAUCCAGAAAAUAUAAAUCACUUUUAUGUAGGAAAACAAAAUCUUUUGACGUGCAGAACAUAUUGUAAAUUGUAUAAUAAUUAGGUGAUACAGGAGCUUAAGUAUACAUUUAUUUUCCACAGUAUUGCCUGUGGUGAUGAUAAAAAUGUGCUGUAUCUUUUAGUUGACAACUGAAUUGUAAGGAGUGAGUUUUGUAGUAAUGUUUGAAAAAAGAAUACUUUCAGAUAAUGAUUAUAAGUUUUGGGGUGAGUAAGAAUCUCAUGUUGCUUAUUCACAAAGAAAUAUAUUAUGAAUAUCAAGUAUUAAGUCUUCAGCCAGCUGCAGCCAUCUCUUAUAGUGUCAUUUUCAAAAAAGUUUUCAAAUUCGUGCUUUCAUAUAGUUCACUGUCAUUUAUAUACAUUUACAUAUAUUCAAAUUUCCUGUUAUAGUUUUCUUUGAGAUACCUGCCUUGGUUACAUACAUACAUUGACAAAAAGUGGAAUGACUGGUUCUUUGACAGGAAUCGCAAAAAAUAUGUACCCUGAAUUUAAUAGACAGUUCACAAAUUGUACUUGUUACGUUAUGUUACUAGAGGUGAACACUGUCUGUAGACAGACUUGCAAACAUGUUAAUUCUUGUAGCAUUGUUCUAAUAUAAUUGUAUUAGUUUUAACCAAUCUCAAAUGUGUUUUGUAGCAGCAGUCUGUACAGUCAGUACAUAUAUUGUCAGAUGCACAUACAACUAAAUUACAGGAAAAGUAUAAUUAUUUAAGAUUUUAUGUUUCCUGCUGUGAUUAGUAACCUAUACUUCAUAAUUCAAAAUACUAUUUAAGUAAACUAGUAGUAUCGCAUUGUAAAAGUUUAUGAAAAUUAUUACUUCAAAAAUAUGUAUUUUUUGUUAUUUAAAUUAAUUUUUCAUGAAUAGAAACUGAAUGUGCCAUGUUAACAAUUCAAGACCUGAAACCUUAUAAAACAGCAUCUGAAACUUAAUAGAACUUGCAUGCAUAGUAGAUAACAAAUGAGCACAUAUUAAGAGACAUAAUAUUUGCAUAGCCAUGAAUAUUUUACAUUGUGGUCUUAUGGAUUAUGACACCUUGAAAUUACCAACAUUUCAGAGGAACAUAUGCUACCAUCUUCAGGAUGGAGAAACAGUUAUGUACCACUGAAACACUGGUAACCACCUAGAAGAGUACAGUGUCAUAACUAUAAGAUUGCUAUGAAAACAGGGGGUUUGACCAUGUUUCCAUAUUUUCAUCAGUUGCAUCGAUUUGAAACAGGAAGUGAAGUGGAGAUAAAAGUGAAUAUAUUUGAAUCAGCAUUAUCUUACUAGUGUAAAUUUUGGGCCGUUAUGUUGACAUCUGUAAGAAUAUAUAUAGCCAGUGAAGUAGAGCAUGAUGAAGCACAGAACAGAAUACAUGUAACAAAUCAAGUUACACUAGUUGGUUUAUCCAGUACUGUACUUGAACACUAUGACCUGCAUUCUUAGAUGAUAUGAGAUGGUCUGAGUUCUCCAGGAUAAAUUAAAACAUGGAUUGUUGUUUCAGGUUUGAUGUAAGGCUAACCAAAAUUGUAUUGUUAUGGAAUGUCAGUAGUUCCUGAACCAGUGGUUACUUCUCCUUAACUGUUACCAUCAUUCAACAAUGUCACACUUUAUAUUUUCUUACAAAUAGUGAUAUGUAUGCAUCCUGUGUCUUGACCACAGUCCAUAAGCGGUGAAAUUUGACUGAAGUUGUAGAAAGCUUGGUAUGAUUUCUAUUUUUACUUGGCUGGAGGUUCAAGGAAGUUGUAUAAAAAUGUAAAUAUGAUGCAUUUUUUUUUUUUUCAUUUUUAUCACAGAACUUCCAUUUCCAAGAGUUCUCAUAUAUCAUUAUGUACUAAGUGGAAAAAUCUUAAAAACACUCUUUAUCACCAUUGUCCUGUAAGUAUAUUUUGUAAGUUCCUAUUUAUGUGCAAACUGGAUUUUUUUCCUGAUAAAUUUGACUCCCAUCAUUUUGAGAUACAAGUGAGUAUUGUUUAAGAAUGUUUCAUUUAGGGACCGGAUCCAAAAAAAAUAGUUUAGAAGCCCUGACAGAAAUGAGUAUAGCAUGAUCUCAGAACCACAUCCUUUUCCCAUGUCAUUUUUGCAGCAUCCCUACUCACAUAUCGAAAAUUAAAGUAUUGGUUGGUUUAUUUGCAGUUGUUUUCAACCACAAGUCUUUCUUAAAUUCUGACUGACUGUAUUGAGAGAUGUACACUAGAAUUGUCAUAUAUAAAUGUUUUUUUUUAUUUGUUAAUAUUGAAAUUUUCCUACUGAAAACAUUAAAAAUGCUACAAUGUGCAAAUAUUAAAUUAUAUUUUAAUUUAAACUGUGAGCACAUAAUGAAAAUAAGCGGGCUUUCACCUUCUCCUAAUUAUGUAUAUUAACACUAUAAACAAAAUUCAAUAAUACACAAAGGUGGGGCCCCAGGCACUUGACCCCACUACAUUUUGCACAUGAGACCUCAAUUGUUUAUGGAGAUACCAAUUUUAUCAUUAUACUUGGUUGCUACUUGUGUGUCAUUGAAAUUUACCAUUAGUGUGCAUUCCAUUAGCAAAAUAUAAUUAUGCUAUCCUGAAGAAAUAGAUUUAUUUAAAUAUUCUAGUAGUAGUAAGAAUCUGAAUAAGACUUUUGAACCCAACCAGGACUGUAUUACAGUCUUGCUGAACUGCAGAGUACAAGUUACACAAAAAUGAACACAACAAGAAGCAGUAUUUAAAAAUGUGAUUGGUAUCUCUAACUUUGCUUGUGCCACAUGUCUAUCCAUCUGGUCACAAUUUGGAAUAAUGGCAUUGCUCUUUGAAUGAUUGCGAUGUGGAUUGUGCUUCAGUGAGUGAAUUUGAACUGUUGAAUUCUGAUGUUGGAACCUGCAUUACAUGUAUAUUUGAACACUGUGAUCCAGCCUGGCAAAACUAGCUGUGAUUUUACCCUUUAUUGUGCCUGAUUAUUCAGUAAUGCUGAGGGAAGCGAUGAAAAUUGUAAGAUAUCCACAAUAAAAUUAAUAGAUAUUAGAAGGCAGGUUUUACUUCAUGCAUGAAUAAAUUUUCAUAUUAUAUUACUCCAGAUUAAUUUUUGGACAUCUUAUAUCAUCUUUACUGUUAAGUGAAUAUUUAUUGCAGACCAUACUGUUCCUUAAAUUUUUACCCCUAUCUCACCUAAAGUUUCUUUGAUUUAUUAUUUUUAUCAUCAUUGCAGUAAACAUUGGCCACAUGCUGAAACAUUUUGUCAUCAUCAUAGCAUGACAGAUUAUUUUUAUGUUGUGCAUGAACUAUGUCAUGACAGUUUUCUAUAUAGUUAAAUAUAUCUGAAGUAAUCUUGUGGAUAUUUUAAAUAUUCUGUACAGUUGAAUUGCCCAGGUGUGAAGAAUUAAUAUGGGUUACAGUUUUGUUUUAGGGAAGCAAAAUGAUUCUUAAGAUAAUGAUCAUGUAGUACUGUAGCAUCCAAAGACCUCUCAGAGCAGUGUCAUUGUUUCAUGAAACAUUUGUAAUGGUAUUAUCCAGUACUAAAAGAAGCAAGGGUUACUUUGAUCUUAUACAGUCAAUAACUUUUGAGUGCAGUUGAGAGAUAUGAGCAGAAAACAAGAAAUGGUAACCUGAGACAAAAUACAAUGAUUUUUGUCAGUGUA